CUUUGUGAAACCCCGGGGCUGCGUCUGUAGCACCCGCCUGAGACGGCUCUUGAAACGGGAAGAGGCGGCAGCUCCCCCUCAGAGGAGCCCCCUCCUAUUUAUAUUCCUUCUGCUCGAGGGCGGGCUGCAGCUGCGGUCGCCCCGGAGCUCUGCAGCCGAGACUUGCAUCGUGUCGAACCGAGCCGUGCCUCGCCUCCUGCCGCUCGCACUCCCAGUGUCCCGGCUCCCGAGCCCUCACGGGGCCGCCUGCGCGCUGCGGCCAAACCGCCUUCGCCCCGGCACCGUCUCCUCCUCCUCUCUGCAAUUAUUCGCACAGGACGUUAGUAUCUCCGGAGCACUUUUACUUCGCUCCCGCCCGCGUUCGGCGGGAUUUAUCUAUCAUUCCAGAGGUUAAUUUCAGGUCCGAGACCGGCCGGAGGCAGAGCCUGGCGCACCGUGUCGGAGCGGGGCGGUGAGGGGCGCCGGGGCACGGCCCGGUGCCCGCAGAGGAGUGGAGCUGCCCUGCGCCCCGUUACUGGCUGCCUGCAUGGCUCCCGGGCACGGAAGAGACCGGGGAGGCUGCUGCUGCUGCUGAGCAUCACAGCACUGCUUUAAACUCAGCCGCAACUUACCGAGCCAACGAGGAUGGCAACGCUGCUGGAGCUGCGGAGCUGCCAAGAAAGCCGGGAAACCUGGGUUUUGUUUGCCACUGUCUAAUAAAUGGGAGUAAAAUGGAAUUGCUUACCUGGGUUUUCCCUGCCCUGGUCCUACUGUGCACCCAGCAGCACAGGUGUACCAGAGCUAUGACUGAUAUUGGAGAUUACAUAGGUUCCAACAUCGAAAUAUCCUGGUUACCCAACCUGGAUGAUUUAAUGAAAGGGUAUGCACGUAACUUCAGGCCUGGGAUUGGAGGUCCUCCUGUUAAUGUUGCUCUCGCAAUUGAAGUAGCCAGCAUCGACCACAUCUCAGAAGUGAACAUGGAAUAUACCAUGACAGUAUUCCUGCACCAGAGCUGGCGAGACGACCGCCUGUCCUACAACCACACCAAUGAGACUCUGGGCCUGGACAGCCGGUUUGUGGACAAGCUCUGGCUGCCAGAUACUUUCAUAGUAAAUGCCAAGUCUGCCUGGUUCCAUGAUGUGACAGUAGAAAACAAACUUAUCAGGCUCCAGCCAGAUGGAGUUAUUUUAUACAGCAUCAGGAUUACCUCAACAGUGGCCUGUGACAUGGACCUUUCCAAAUACCCGAUGGAUGAGCAAGAAUGCAUGUUGGAUUUGGAGAGCUAUGGCUACUCUUCAGAGGACAUUGUCUACCACUGGUCAGAAAACCAGGAGGAGAUCCAUGGGCUGGAUAAGCUGCAGCUUGCUCAGUUCACAAUUACCAACUACCAGUUCACAACAGAAAUUAUGAACUUCAAAUCUGCAGGUCAGUUUCCCAGGCUCAGUCUCCACUUCCACCUUCGCCGAAAUCGAGGAGUUUACAUCAUUCAGUCUUAUGUUCCUUCCAUCUUACUCGUGGCCAUGUCGUGGGUGUCCUUCUGGAUCAGUCAGUCAGCAGUGCCUGCCCGAGUGUCAUUAGGUAUAACUACUGUUCUCACUAUGACUACAUUGAUGGUCAGUGCCCGAUCUUCGCUUCCACGAGCAUCUGCCAUCAAGGCACUUGAUGUUUACUUCUGGAUUUGCUAUGUGUUUGUCUUCGCUGCACUGGUCGAAUAUGCAUUUGCACAUUUCAAUGCUGACUACAUGAAAAAGCAAAAGAACAAGCUAAAGGCAAGAAGGCAGAGUGCAGAGAUAAACGUGAAGAAUGCCAUUGUUCUGUUUUCCCUUUCCAUAGCUGGUGUGAGCCAGGAACUGGCCAUUUCCAACAGGCAGCACCGAAUUCCCAGAAGCAUGCCUGGAUCUUAUGGCACAAUAGAAAUAGAAACUGGAGAGACAAAACAGCGGCAAAUAAUGAAACUGGAUAAGAAGAGUGGUCUGAAGUCCCUCUUUAAGCCCAUUGAUGCUGAUACCAUUGAUAUAUAUGCCAGAGCCGUGUUCCCAGCAGCCUUUGCAGCAGUCAAUGUUAUAUACUGGGUUGCAUACACAAUGUGAAGAGCUACAAACUGAACAAUGCCUACGGACUAAACAGCUCUUGCAGAAACUGUAUGGAUCUAUCUGUUCUCAAUAGAGCUUGAGGUACUUCUAAAGUCAAGAAAGUCCUGCUAUCAAUUCGUACUAAAACCAGCAAUUUAUUACCCAUCUGGUUUGAGACAGUAACAACUGUACGCUGCCAAAAAAUUCCAGCUCCUAAUUUCCUGGAUUACCAUGAGACAAUUUUUCAUAUGUACAUAUUUACAGCAAAAGCUUAAAUAGUAAAUUACCAUGGGUUUCCUCCACUUUAAGUGUUCAUCAGUAAUGAAGAUUUAGCUUUUCACACUCAGGUCCUUUCCUUUUUUGUAAUGGAAGAGCUAAUUCCUCACUUCCAUACAGGAGUAAUUUUCUGCAUCUGGCCUUCUGUGGGGUGGUCCAGGUUUAACAGUAGUGGUGGAGGUUUUAAUAAUAAAAAUCUCAUGAACAAAGUAAAAGAGAAUAGAGGGGAGUGGGGGCUUUUUCUUAAAUUAUUAUUUGUCUUGGAUAAAGUAUUGAAAACAUUUCAAUACUCUUAGUGACAGCAUGAAAUAAAAUAUACUACAUAAGAUUCUACUGAAUUGUUAAUAAUGACUGCAUUACAUUUCAAAUCUAAGCUAACGAAAGUUUAAACACUUAAAUACAGUGAAGUUUAUUAGUAUAAUAGGCCUCAAAAUAGAUAAAAGUGAUUUAGAAACACGGGGAAAACUCAGGCUUCCUAUGUUGGAUUAGGAAAAAUUUUAAAGCAGCCUGAUAAUGAAGGAACUCAGAGUCCAUUUUCAGGAAGGGCUUUAGAAUUCAUUCUGUUAAUUUUCAGUGAGAGUCUACCAUGUGUGCCUCUGAAAAUAUCCUUUUUGCAUCUGUCCCUAAAUAGCUGAGUGAAGUAAAAAAAUGUCAUAACUGGCUCCGAGUUACUGCGUUGCUUUGGAUAUUUUUGCCAUUUUUAUUCAAAGGCUGAUCUAAUAUGUUAGGCCUCUUCACUUCCACUAUUUGACAGUGAAAUUUGUGGGUACUCAUGCACACACUCCUUAAAUCAGGAUUAGAGCCUCUCACCCAGCUCAUGCAAAAUAACACUUUGUUCUGUAAAUAAUUCCAGGGAACUCAGCAAAUGAAUACAGUAUUCACAACAAACACCAGCUCCAAACAUCCAAAAAACUCCACAUAUUAAAUAUUUUGGGAUAUGAAUUAAAACAAGUAAAAUAUUGUUAGUGUAGUAAACCAAUGUAAGACACUUCAAAAGGGAAACUUUUUUGAGGAUUUUGUUGCCUUGAAAGUGAGAUGAUGUUUUAAAUAUAGAGGCUGACACAAAAGAAAAUAUGAAGUGAGAGAGGGAGGGAAAGAAAGAAGCAGAGUAAGUGGCUGAAGGCUACGAUGGAAGGGAGCAUGGGUAGGUGUGAGAUUAAACAAGACAAAAGAUGUAGAUAAGAGAAGAGCUAUGCUGGGCUUUGAAGAUGGGGAUCUUGAAUGCAGUGGCUGAUGAUUAAUAAUUGCAAUAAGGAUGAAACAUGCAUUUGAUCACAGUGCAGUGUGCCUCUGCUCCUCCUGCCUUACUUAUCUGUGACAUAUAGUUUGAUUUUGUAUGACCAGCACUGAAAGACAGAGCAU